CAUUCAGGUAGAGCGACGGCAGCAGAGCAGCCUCGACGGUGACACACUUGUCGUCGCCUCUGACUUCACAGCUAACGUUCGCUCGGGUCGAGCCGGUGUGGGUUGGGUCGGUACUUUACCUUCCUUAUACUUGUACAGUUAAUAUUAUGGCGGCCGCGGAUCCCCGGUCCUCGAGUGACGGCGGGCCGGCCAGCAGAGGAGGAUUCCCUGCCGGGGAGAACGGCAACGACCGCGACGGACCUGGCGGCAGCAGCAGCGGCGGCGCCAGCGGCGAGGGCGAACGGGAGCGGGACCGGGCCACCUUCGAGUGCAACAUUUGUUUGGACACUGCCAGGGACGCUGUCAUCAGUAUGUGCGGCCACUUGUUCUGCUGGCCCUGUCUUCAUCAAUGGUUGGAGACGCGGCCCAGCAGGCAGCAGUGUCCCGUCUGUAAAGCGGGCAUCAGCAGGGAGAAAGUCAUUCCAUUGUACGGCAGAGGGAGCUCCAGCCAGGAGGACCCCAGGUUGAAAACUCCACCUCGGCCUCAGGGACAGAGAACAGAGCCAGAGAGUAGAGGCGGGAUGUUCCAGGGUUUCGGGGACACUGGCUUCCACAUGUCUUUUGGCAUCGGUGCUUUCCCCUUCGGCUUCUUCACCACAGUCUUCAACACCAACGACCCCUUUCACAGAGCAGACCAGUAUGCAGGUGAUCACCAAGGCAAUGGUAACCUCAACAACGGCAACAACAACUGGCAAGACUCCCUCUUCCUGUUUGUGGCCAUCUUUUUCUUCUUCUGGCUACUGAGUGUGUGAUGGAGUCUAGGGACAGAUGGACGGACGAGUGGCUCGACUACCGGGAGGGAGGAGCACAAAAAAAAACACAACCCAACUCUCACACAUUUAACUAAAGCUACAGACACGCUCAUUUUACAUUUCCUAGCAGGCACUAACUUGGGAGAGAAAACGGAUCAUUGUUUGAUCCCAAAACAAAGAAAUACAGGAAAUUUGGUUUCCCCCUCAGCCGGCAAAAGGCAGAUUCACUUUAGGAUACUAAGCCCCACCCACCUGCUUUGUUCAUUUUGUUUAUGCACGAAACACAAAGAAGUGUUGCGUGAAUCCCAAAAUAAGUCACAUUAACCCUCCCUCUCUACUUGCACCUGUAGAUAUAUGCACACACAAACAAAGGUGGACACUUAAAAGUUUAAGGGGGCUCACUGUUGGGGUUCAGAGACAGUAUUAAAUGAGUGUGAGCUUUGUAAACUUUUUUUUUUUUUUGGUGUUGAGCAGUAGAAAAAGGUGGGUGGAGGAUAAUUUGGGGCAGUGACUAAUUCUGUUUUGGUUGUUCACAUUUCUUAAAUAGAGAGGGAGAGGCAUGUUGUAGAAAAUUUAAGUAGGGUUAAAUCAGGGAAGAGAGCAGGGUAUGAGAGAACGUAAGGGUUGCUAUUGCAACUUUUUGCUUAAUCUAAAAGACCAAAGAGGAUCCGUCAUGUACAAUGUGAAAAAUUUAACCGAAUUAGGUUCCUGUUUACGCUUUCCUCGUGAAAUAAAAAACUACAAUUUGCGACAUGAAAAUAGAUGGACAGAUUCAAAACAGCACAGAUGGAUGCAUUUUUUUAAAAUAUACAUUUGUCUUAACAAAAAACUGCCAUUGCACUGUGAAGUUAUUUGUAGACGGAGCUGUCCUAAAGAUUUAGUGUGCUGGUGAUGAACCACUUGUUGCGUCUACAAACAUGGAUGGGGUUACAGUUUGUGAGAUUUUUCACAUCAACAUGAGCAACUUGAGAGAGUCUAAAAAAACAAACCUGACACACAGUUUGUCAAUUACAGAACAAAUUGUCAAGAGAGAAAAGUUCUGGCUUGCAAAGUAGCUCGAUGAGAUGCUGCACAAUACGUCCUGACAGCAGGUAGAGUCGGGGCAGUGUAACAAAUGAGAAUCUAUUAGUCGUGGAGGUGAAAAGGUCAGCACACUAAAGAUUUGCAGGAAUGACAACAGUUCACUGAACUUUCUGUCAGUUGAUUUGUUUUUCUGUGUCUGUACACAUUAUAUAUUUGUAUAUAUGAAUAUUGUAAAUGCUGUUUUUACGUGUUUGAGUGGAUGAUCGACCAUGGAGAGAGGACAAGAUCUCCUCAAUAUGCUUUUGUAAAGCGAGAUCUGGUUCCUGGUUUUCAUAAAUUCCUUCCCUUUUACUCAAAACGCUUGCAGCCCACGUUAACUAUUCUGUCAACCUCUCUCAUUAAAUUAAAUAAAUGUUACAAGUGCAAAACAAA